AUGAUCGACCUUAAGACCUGGCUCUGGUUUACUCUGAUAUUCUCCAUCUCAAUCCCAAGCGGCGGUAUCACAACCUUCGGCCCGCUUAUCAUCAGCUCCUUCGGGUUUGAUAAAUCCAAGACCAUCCUCUUGAACAUGCCAUUCGGAGCUGUUCAGAUCAUUGCCACGAUGGGUGGCGCAUGGUUGGCAACUCGAUUUAAGAAAUUACGAAGAAUGGUCCUGUUCUUGCCCUUCUUUGCAUUCCACCAAUCAUCGGAAUGGUGA